UAGCUAACUUGACGCGUCUUGGCGUUUUCAGUUUUAAGUGACAAAAACAACACGUACUGCGGACAAUUUCACACUAUUUUGUUAUUUGUGGUAUCCAAUCAAGAUAUCGGUCUACUAUGGUCUCCUUCAGUACACCUCCCGCGUUUUAAAACAGUCUCUUUUGGGGCGGAGAAUGACGCAGUAUUUUCACGGGACAGCCGCUGCGGAGCGUUAAGUUUACAUUGACUAACGUUGACAUAAGCAGCCUACAGUAGAAGACGGCGGCGGGGCAAAUCACAGUCACAAGACUUCUUCACGGAACUGCACGGCUGCUUUCUCGCUCCACAGCUCUUAUUGUGUUGUAAACAGGAUUUGAAGGGAUGGAAAACAACGGAUACAGCGCCGGAAGCUUUGACGGCCUUCAUCACCCCAGUGAAGAUGAUGAUGACGAUAUGGUGGACAUUGCAGGAGCCACACUGGACUUUUCCUCCACGGAUGACGUCCCCCCGCUCAGCUCAGGAGGUUAUGAGGAGUACAGUAGCAGUAGCAGCAGCAGCAGCAGAGCAGCUGGUAUGAACGGUAACGGCCCCAGUAAACUUGUGGACCCACUAGAGGACCCGCUGCCUGGAUUGGGCACCUACGAAGACUUCAACACCAUCGACUGGGUCAGAGAGAAGAGCAAGGACCGCGACAGACACAGAGAGAUCACCAAUAAGAGCAGACAGUCGACUGUGGCUCUGCUGCACAGCGUCAGUGAUGCCUUCUCUGGAUGGCUGCUUAUGCUGCUGGUGGGACUCAUGUCAGGUGCUCUAGCCGGCGGCAUCGACAUCGCAGCCCACUGGCUGACAGACAUGAAGGAUGGGGUGUGUCUUAUUGGCUUCUGGUUCAACCACGAGCACUGCUGCUGGACGUCCAAUGAGACAACGUUUCAGGAGAGGGACCGGUGUCCACAGUGGCAGAGCUGGGGUGAGCUCAUAACGGGGACAUCAGAGGGUGCGUUUGCAUACAUAGUGAACUACCUGAUGUACAUCUUCUGGGCUUUACUCUUCUCUUUCCUGGCCGUCACGCUGGUCAGGGCCUUCGCUCCGUACGCAUGUGGCUCAGGAAUACCAGAGAUUAAAACCAUCCUUAGUGGGUUCAUCAUCCGCGGCUACCUGGGGAAGUGGACCCUGAUCAUCAAGACCAUCACCCUGGUUUUAGCCGUCUCCUCUGGGCUCAGUUUAGGGAAGGAGGGCCCUCUGGUUCACGUAGCCUGCUGCUGCGCUAAUAUAUUGUGUCAUCUGUUCACCAAGUACCGCAAGAAUGAGGCCAAGCGGCGAGAGGUGUUAUCGGCGGCAGCAGCAGUGGGUGUGUCUGUGGCCUUUGGUGCUCCCAUAGGCGGAGUCCUGUUCAGCCUGGAGGAGGUGAGUUAUUAUUUCCCUCUGAAGACCCUGUGGCGUUCAUUCUUUGCCGCCCUGGUAGCAGCCUUCACUCUGCGCUCCAUCAACCCGUUUGGAAACAGCCGCCUGGUGCUGUUCUACGUGGAGUUUCAUGCCCCGUGGCACCUGGUGGAGCUGGCCCCCUUCAUCCUGCUGGGAAUAUUCGGUGGCCUCUGGGGGGCGCUGUUCAUCAAGGCCAACAUUGCCUGGUGCAGGAGACGUAAAUCUACUCGUCUCGGUCACUACCCUGUCAUUGAGGUGCUGGUGGUUGCAGCUUUGACCGCUGUGGUCGCAUACCCAAACAGCUACACCAGGAUGAGUGGAGCUGAGCUCAUCUCCGAGCUGUUCAAUGACUGCUCUCUGCUUGACUCCUCUCAGCUCUGCGGCUACAAGCAGCCAGCCAACACAUCAGAAACAGGUGUAGGUAACAGCCUGGCUGACCGGCCGGCAGGAAAAGGCCUAUACACCGCUCUGUGGCAGUUGGCCCUGGCCUUAAUCUUCAAGAUGAUGAUCACUGUGAUUACCUUUGGCAUGAAGGUUCCCUCUGGUCUCUUCAUCCCCAGUAUGGCAGUUGGAGCCAUAGCUGGCAGACUGCUGGGUGUCGGCAUGGAGCAGCUGGCCUACUACAACCACGACUGGUUAAUUUUUAAAGGGUGGUGCUCACCAGGAGCAGACUGCAUCACUCCGGGGCUCUACGCUAUGGUUGGAGCUGCCGCAUGUUUAGGUGGAGUGACUCGUAUGACGGUGUCGCUGGUAGUCAUCAUGUUUGAGCUGACUGGCGGUCUUGAGUACAUCGUCCCCCUCAUGGCUGCAACCAUGACCAGCAAAUGGGUGGCAGAUGCUUUCGGAAGAGAGGGAAUCUAUGAGGCUCACAUCAGGCUGAAUGGAUACCCGUUCCUGGAGCCGAAAGAGGAGUUUGAGCACAGCAGCCUGGCUGUGGAUGUAAUGAGGCCUAGGAGGUCGGACCCUGCACUGGCUGUGCUCACACAAGAGGGCAUGACUGUAGGGGAGGUGGAGGCCUUGGUGGAAAGCACUCACUACAGUGGCUUCCCUGUGGUCGUCUCUCAGGAGUCCCAGAGGCUUGUGGGAUUUGUACUCAGAAGAGACCUGCUCAUAUCAAUAGACAACGCCCGAAAGCGCCAGGAGGGCGUCGUCAGCGCUUCCCAGGUGGUCUUUACAGACCAUGCUCCAGCUCAGGCUGCUGAUGCUCCACUACCCCUCCGCCUCAGAGGCAUCAUGGACCUGAGCCCCUUCACGGUCACCGACCACACACCUAUGGACAUCACUGUGGAUAUAUUCAGGAAGCUGGGGCUACGCCAGUGUCUGGUUACACAUAACGGGAGGCUGCUGGGAAUCAUCACUAAAAAAGACAUUCUGAAACACAUGGCGCAGAUAGCCAACAGAGACCCUGACUCCAUCCUCUUCAACUAAAUUCCUCCAACCUUCCUCUUCGUCAUCCUUUCAUCUCUCCUCUGUAGACCAGGGGACAAGAAGACACCGGCUUGUACACUCGAACGAAAUGCACCUUUACCUCUUCAACUUUUAAAGGCUGUUCAGAGAAAAUCAAGUAAGUCGAGCUCCAUUUGCACAGGUGAUCAGAGAACAACAGAGCUUUUUUUUUUUUUUGUAAAAUGGAGGCGUUUUUGGCUUUCCGAAAGAGACUACACCACUGAAAAACAGGGAAAAAAAGCUCUCAGAAACAAUGACUCAUCCUUACUGACACUGCUGGCCCCAAUUUCAUGUUCGACCCAGAAGGACGGAGGACAGAUAUAUGUGAGAAAUAAGUCAAUGGAAUAUUUCACAUCUGCUCCUGUUGGCUUUUUCGAUUCUCCCUUCUUUCUCUCUCUCCAAAAAAGUGAGAAAUCGGAGUCAAAAAUCAUCAUCCUCCAUUGACCAUCGUGCUUCUCAGCUACACCUAUGAGGUUUGGGGAGCUCCGUGCCUGCCCUCCGGCCGUCACAGCGAGCCCAGACAGAGCAUUCUGAGCUGGGCUGAUGGGUGCUCGGUCACCUACCCACCCCCACCCAUGAGGUUUCCUGUAGCCCAGGGGCAGAGCAUACAGCAGUGUGAGAAGAGGCUCUAAUAUACACACACUUACACUCCAUAAAGACUUCAUGACAGCCUGGGAAUUCUCCAGAAAUGUCUUUUUGUCAUAUAGACUCUUCAGAUUUGUAAUGCGUGUGAGACUCCAGCCUGGGAACUAUGCAAUGUCUUGCCAUACGGCCUCUCCGAUUGGCAACAUGAACAGUUAUAUUCUCAUACAAAAAUCAUACAAACAUAAUAAUGACAAUGCUGCAAAAAACCAUGUCAUGCCUUAUGGAAGGGUUUAAGUGUUUCCUGACUGCUGUGGAAGGGCUAGAAAAUACAAAAAGAGAGAAUCAUGACAUAAAUUAACUUAAUGUAAAAUCGUUUGUCCCACUAAAUUAUUUCAUUGACCUAAA